AUGGCUGAUGAUGAGCAUGCGAAUGACGUUGAAUUGGCUGUGCAGGCUAUCCGGGAUAAGCUGAAUGCAGAACAUGAAGGCAAACUGCAGGCGAUGGAAGCGAUGCACGCUUCGAUGAUUGACGACCUCAUCCGAAGCAAUGAGAAGAAUAUGGAGGAGGUCGAGUGUCUACAGGCUGCCUUGUCUGAGGCUAGUCGAGACAAAGCGGCACUUCACGCGCAGCUCGAGCGUGCCAUUGAAGACUUGGAGGUGGCAGAAGAGGAUCACAAAACAUUUACUGCCUUCAUAGAGCGGCAAAAGGACGAAAUUGCAAGACUGAAGACGGAGUGA